AUGCUGCCCAAGACGCAGCUACUGAUGCCCGCCCGGCAGCGCCAGCGGCAGUACGGCGAGGGCCGCCAAGGAGAAAGCGCUGCCGACUGCUCUACAGACUCGCUCCAUCAUUUGAGCAACACUGCUCAGUCCACAGACCAUGAAACAGAAAGAGAAAAAUCACCCACUUGCAAGAAUGCCCAGAGUGUGCAUGAAUUUAUUUAUAACAGCAUCCGCUCCGUGCACUGGGACAGCCGGGCCCAGGGGCUGCUCAUCGACCGCUCCCUCUUCGAGCGGGAGCUGCUCAGCCCGGGCGACGCCCAGGGCCCGGCCCCGCACACCUUCAGGGCCACGCAGUUCCGCAGCUUCGUGCGCCAGCUCCACCGCUACGGCUUCCGCAGGGUGCCGGGCCGGGCUGGCUCAGCUGCGCCGGGCGAUGCCGGGGCCUGGCUCCAUUACAGCAACCCCUGCUUUCGCCGCGGCCGCCCCGACCUCCUGCUCCACGUCAGGCGCCGGAGCACGCCCAACAGGCCGCGGCUGGCAGCGGGGCAGGAGGGCCGCAGGCACCCGCCCAGCUGCUUCCAGCAGCACCACCCGGAGCGGGUGGUGCCCUCCUUCCCCGCCAGGCAGCCCCCAGAAUCGGGACAUCGCUACAUCGCUGCUGAGAAGACCCAGCGCCGGUGCUGCAGCAUCCUCAACAGGAACACUCCUGCUCGCUCGCGGGCCCCCUUGCUUUAG